AUGGUGGGCAUCGGCUGUGACGGGAUAGUGGGACAGGAGUUCCCUCUCCUGGACCCUGCACUGCAAAAGCAGGCAGUGAAGGUGAAGAAAAUGGAGAAACCGAAAAAAACGGUGGAUUGGAAGAAGAAGGAGAAGCAGAAGCUCAUGAAAAAGCGGAAUCAUCUAGAGCCGAUGGACGUCAAGGACCCAGCCCUGCUGCUGCAGUGCCUGGGACAUGGCUGUGUGAAUCCCAGCCGGCCAGGCUCCAAGUACUGCUCAGAUGACUGUGGCAUGAAUCUGGCAGCUGAACGCAUCUAUGAUAUCCUGCCCCAGCGCCUCCAGCAGUGGAAUAACAGCCCCUCCAUUGCUGAGGAGCAUGGCAAGAAAAUGCUCGAGGACAUCAUCCAUGCGCAGCAGGAUGUCCACACCCACCUGAAAUACCUGGAACAUCAGUACCAUGAACUUGAGGCCAUCAUUCUACGUGGCAAGCAGCAGGCUAUAUGCAAGGAUGAGGAGAGCACAAAAGUUAUGACAAACAACGUCCAACGGAUCUUCUGUGUCUCCUGUGGGAAAUCCAUCAGUAUGCGUGCCGCUCUCCGCCACAUGGAGCACUGCUUUGCCAAGUAUGAAUGCAAAUCGUCUUUCGGGUCCUUGUACCCCGCUUGCAUUGAGGGGGCCACAAGGCUCUUCUGUGAUUAUUAUGACCCAACGAAUAAAUUUUACUGUAAACGGCUCCAGGUGCUAUGCCCUGAGCACUCAAAGGACCCCAAGGUACCCAUUGAUGAGGUGUGUGGCUGCCCUCUAGUGCACAAUAUCUUUGAACCCACUGGUAAUUUCUGCCGCCUCCCCAAACGCCUGUGCAUCCACCACUAUUGCUGGGAAAAGCUGAGGCGUGCCGAAGUGGACCUAGAGCGUGUGCGAGCGUUGUACAAGCUGGAGGAGCUGAGUGAGCAGGAGUACAAGGUGCGCACAGCUAUAAGGAACCGAUCAGGUCUGCUGGGCCUGAUGCUUCACCAGACAAUCCAGCAUGACCCGCUCACCACUGACCUGCGCUCCAGAGUAGACGAAUGA